GGGCGGGGCGAGCCGUCAGUCGUGUGUGGCGUGGCCGGUCGAACGAAGCGACACCAAAGCAGUCCCCGCUGCGGCUGCUGCGGCCCGCGGACGUGCUCCAGGGGGUAGUCGGGGUGCAGCGCCUCGCGCCCGGGCAACACACUGUGCCCCUGCUCCAGAUGUCGUCCAGCUACGCGAUGCUGCUGCUGCUGCUGCCGGUCGCCCUGGCCGCGCUCUGCCCCUGCCCGCCCUCCUCCAAGGACUCCCCCGUGUGCGGCACUGACGGCCGCACCUACGCCAGCGAGUGCGAGCUGCGGUGCGCCGGCCUGCCCGGACUCGCCGCCGACCACCCCGGGCCGUGCGCCCCGCAGGAGGCCGCCGCCGGCCGCCACCGCCGCUACGCUGUGGAGUUCUCCGAGUGGAAUCCAUGUCACGAAGAACGGAAGUGCGCCCCGCCGUACUGGGGGAACUGCAGCGAGUGCGGCGAAGGCUCCUCCUGGAGCAAGUGCAGGCAAAUGUGCAGCUGGAACUGCGCGUGCGGCUGCGCGCGGCUGCCGACGGGCGGGCUGGACAAGGACUCGCGCGACCUGUUCGACACGUGCAUCCACGAGAGGGAGUGCACAGAUCGUAAGAGGGACACAUGUAGCACUCAAUGUUCCGAUCAGUUCUGUGUGGAACUGUGCCACAUGGACCACGUGAAGUGUUCGUGCAGCUGCAUCCAACACGCGGCGGCCAGCUGGACGAAUACCACGACCGCGCCUACAAGUAGAAUCACACCACCUGCGACGAGUAGCAGCACAGUGCCUACGACAGGUAGCACCUCGACAAGUAGCACCAAGGCCCCUCCCCCGGGGCCCGCGCCCGGCGUCACCACCGCGAAGCAGGACCAGCGCGCCGACCAGCCCGCCGCGGCCGCCGCGCCCGCCGUGUACGUGCUGUGGGACUCUGGGGUCGUGCUCUUGCUCGCGUGGGUGUGCGUGUGCGUCAGCGUGUGCGUGCUGGUGCGCUGGCGCGCCUCGGUCGUCUGCUGCCCGCUGGGGAGCGAUAGGGGACUUACCGCGCUGUGCCGGGUGGGGCCGCCGCCCGCCGCCGAGAGCAGGCUCCCGACCAAGAAGGAGACUGACCGCGACGACGUCGAGCUGAACGCUUACGCCCAGCACGGCGACUAGACUGGCGACAAAUGUGCAAAAAACUUUAAAAUAUUCCUUCAAGAAACAAAUACAGCCCGAAAAUUUUACAUUUCAAAGAAGAGAAAAUUGUCAUGAAAAUUAUGAAUGUUCUCAAAUUAACUUUAUUCGGUAAAAACAAUAAACAUUUGAAGCACUUA